GGGGGCGCCGGGCCACCUGCACCUCACCCGCGGUCGGCGCCGCGGGGAAAACCCGGAGAGGAGGCGGACCGGGGGAAGAGCGAAGAAAAGCAGUCCGCUUGGAUUUGUUUGCCCCGGAAGAGUGCCGCGCACGCGGAUCGCCGAGAGGAGCGCGGCCAGAAUCACCGCGCCCUCACCUCUCCGCCGGGGCGGCCGAGGCCCGCGGGUUGGAUCGCAGCCCCCGCGCCCUUUUCUUGGGGGCCGGCGUCACCGCGCAGGUUCUUGGUGUAGCCGGGCCCCGGGCGCCCCGAAAUGUGGCCCUGAGCGAGGGAACCCGCAGCGGCGGGAGCAGGAGCAGCCGGGCGCCAAGUGACCGGUGCGCCCCGCCGAGCGCGCCUGCGUGCGUGGCCAGCGCGCUCCCCGCGCUCCUCGUUUCUGCCUGGCUUCUCGGCUAAAUUUUCCUCGGCGGGAUUAAAGUUGGAAAUUGAGCGGAGAAUUGAGUUGUCCGGAAACAGAGCUGCGGCCGCCGCCAGAGCGAUGUUCCCGCAGAGCCGGCACCCGACGCCGCACCAGGCUGCAGGCCAGCCCUUCAAGUUCACUAUCCCGGAGUCCCUGGACCGGAUUAAAGAGGAGUUCCAGUUUCUGCAGGCCCAGUAUCACAGCCUUAAAUUGGAAUGUGAGAAACUGGCAAGUGAAAAGACAGAAAUGCAGAGGCACUAUGUGAUGUAUUAUGAAAUGUCUUAUGGAUUAAACAUAGAAAUGCAUAAACAGACUGAAAUCGCCAAGAGAUUGAAUACAAUUUGUGCACAAGUCAUUCCAUUUCUGUCUCAGGAACAUCAACAACAGGUGGCCCAGGCCGUCGAGCGUGCCAAACAGGUGACCAUGGCAGAGUUGAAUGCCAUCAUCGGGGUACGUGGCCUUCCAGGUCUACCUCCUACACAGCAGCAGUUACAAGCUCAGCAUCUUUCUCACGGCCAUGGACCCCCAGUGCCCCUAACGCCUCACCCCUCGGGACUUCAGCCUCCUGGCAUCCCGCCCCUCGGGGGCAGUGCUGGCCUCCUGGCACUGUCUAGUGCUCUGAGUGGGCAGUCUCACUUGGCAAUAAAAGAUGACAAGAAGCACCAUGAUGCAGAGCACCACAGAGACAGAGAACCGGGCACAAGUAAUUCCCUCUUGGUCCCAGACAGUCUAAGGGGCACAGAUAAACGCAGAAAUGGGCCUGAAUUUUCCAAUGACAUCAAAAAAAGAAAGGUGGAUGAUAAGGACUCCAGCCACUAUGACAGCGAUGGUGACAAAAGCGAUGACAACUUAGUUGUGGAUGUGUCUAACGAGGACCCUUCUUCUCCGCGAGCAAGCCCUGCCCAUUCACCCAGGGAAAACGGGAUCGACAAAAACCGUCUGCUGAAGAAAGAUGCUUCUAGCAGCCCAGCAUCCACAGCCUCCUCGGGAAGCUCCACUUCUUUGAAAUCCAAAGAAAUGAGCUUGCAUGAAAAAGCCAGCACGCCUGUUCUGAAAUCCAGCACACCGACGCCUCGGAGCGACAUGCCAACGCCGGGCACCAGCGCCACUCCAGGACUCCGUCCAGGCCUCGGCAAGCCUCCAGCCAUGGACCCCCUCGUUAACCAAGCCGCGGCCGGCCUGAGGACGCCGCUGGCGGUGCCCGGCCCGUACCCUGCCCCAUUCGGGAUGGUGCCCCACGCCGGCAUGAACGGGGAGCUGACCAGCCCCGGCGCUGCCUACGCCAGCCUGCACAACAUGUCCCCGCAGAUGAGCGCGGCCGCCGCCGCCGCCGCCGUGGUGGCCUACGGGCGCUCCCCGAUGGUUGGGUUUGAUCCUCCCCCUCACAUGAGAGUACCUACAAUCCCUCCCAACCUGGCAGGAAUCCCUGGGGGGAAACCUGCAUACUCCUUCCACGUCACCGCGGACGGUCAGAUGCAGCCCGUCCCUUUCCCCCCCGACGCCCUCAUCGGACCCGGCAUCCCCCGCCACGCGCGCCAGAUCAACACCCUGAACCACGGGGAGGUGGUGUGCGCGGUGACCAUCAGCAACCCCACGAGACACGUGUACACGGGCGGGAAGGGCUGCGUCAAGGUCUGGGACAUCAGCCACCCCGGCAACAAGAGCCCCGUGUCUCAGCUCGACUGUCUGAACAGAGAUAACUACAUCCGUUCCUGCAAAUUGCUCCCUGAUGGUUGCACCCUCAUCGUGGGAGGGGAAGCCAGCACUCUGUCCAUCUGGGACCUGGCGGCUCCGACCCCGCGCAUCAAGGCGGAGCUGACGUCCUCGGCCCCUGCGUGCUACGCCCUGGCCAUCAGCCCCGACUCCAAGGUCUGCUUCUCGUGCUGCAGUGACGGCAACAUCGCGGUCUGGGACCUGCACAACCAGACGCUGGUGAGGCAAUUCCAGGGCCACACAGACGGGGCCAGCUGUAUUGACAUUUCUAAUGAUGGCACCAAGCUCUGGACGGGUGGCCUGGACAACACGGUCAGGUCCUGGGACCUGCGAGAAGGGCGGCAGCUACAGCAGCAUGACUUCACCUCACAGAUAUUCUCCCUUGGAUACUGCCCAACUGGGGAGUGGCUGGCCGUGGGCAUGGAGAGUAGCAAUGUGGAAGUUCUUCACGUAAACAAACCCGACAAGUACCAGCUGCAUCUCCAUGAGAGCUGUGUGCUGUCCCUCAAAUUUGCUUAUUGUGGUAAAUGGUUUGUGAGUACUGGCAAAGACAACCUCCUCAAUGCUUGGCGGACCCCCUACGGAGCUAGUAUAUUCCAGUCCAAAGAGUCCUCGUCCGUGCUUAGCUGUGACAUCUCUGUGGAUGAUAAGUACAUAGUCACUGGCUCAGGGGACAAGAAGGCUACAGUCUACGAAGUCAUCUACUGAAAACAUUAUGUGGUUUCACAUUUAUAGUUGAAUUGGGCCAAAAUGUUUUGAAUUUGUAGAAAUAGAAAAGUUGUAAUUUUAAAAGGAAAAAAACAACAACGUGAAAACCUAUUUCCAAACCUUGACACAAAACUACUUUGAGUCUAUAAAGAGGAGGCGAUGAGUCCAUCAACUGAAGGUCACCUAUCUACCUAGACCAAACGGAGCACCGAGGCAAAGUGGGCAGAGGGGCCAAGGGGUAGGCAGAGCCUGUUUUGUUUUUUUUUCUUUCUGUGUGAUCUGCCGAGAUUACCUUUCUGUUCCUUGCAGUUCCCCUCAAUGUUCUGUGCUUGGUAGAGCAGUGGUGUCUCCAAUGAACUUGUUUCUUGGUUUUGCAUCUUGUGAAAUGUUUUUUUGUAUUUUUGUUGAAGGUUAAACAUUUGUAUAAAUUGUAAAUAUAUUUGGUUUAUUACAGUAAAGGCUUUAGUACCAAUAA